AUGAGUAUAGUCCACCCGUGCACCCACCUGUUCCACCCGGACACCUACCUGGUCUACCAGGUCCACCUGGGAAACCACCUGGACCACCUGGGAAACCACCAGGUCUGCCUGGGAAACCACCUGGUCCACCUGGGAAACCACCCGGGAAACCACCAGGCCCGCCUGGGAAACCACCUGGUCCACCCGGACACCCACCAGGUCCACCUGGGAAACCACCUGGACCACCUGGGAAACCACCAGGUCCACCCGGACACCCACCAGGUCCACCUGGGAAACCACCUAGUCCACCCGGACACCCACCAGGUCCACCUGGGAAACCACCUGGUCCACCCGGACACCCACCUGGUCCACCUGGGAAGCCACCUGGUCCACCCGGACACCCACCUGGUCCACCCGGAUACCCACCUGGUCCACCCAGACACCCACCAGGUCCACCCGGGAAACCACCAGGUCCGCCCGGACACCCACCAGGUCCACCCGGACACCCACCUGGUCCACCUGGAUACCCACCUGGUCCACCCGGACACCCACCAGGUCCACCCGGACACCCACCAGGUCCACCCGGACACCCACCAGGUCCACCCGGACACCCACCAGGUCCACCCGGACACCCACCAGGUCCACCCGGACACCCACCAGGUCCACCUGGGAAACCACCUGGUCCACCCGGACACCCACCAGGUCCACCCGGACACCCACCCGGUCCACCUGGGAAACCGCCAGGUCCACCCGGACACCCACCUGGUCCACCUGGGAAACCGCCAGGUCCACCCGGACACCCACCUGGUCCACCCGGACACCCACCUGGUCCACCCGGGCACCCACCAGGUCCACCCGGACACCCACCAGGUCCACCAGGGAAACCAUCGGGUCCACCCGGACACCCACCUGGUCCACCCGGACACCCACCUGGCCCGCCUGGGAAACCACCUGGUCCACCUGGACAUCCGCCAGGUCCACCUGGACACCCACCUGGUACACCCGGACACCCACCUGGUCCACCCGGACACCCACCAGGUCCACCUGGGAAACCACCUGGUCCACCAGGUCCCCCUGGGAAGCCACCUGGUCCACCAGGUCCGCCUGGGAAACCACCUGGUCCACCCGGACACCCACCAGGUCCGCCUGGGAAACCACCUGGUCCACCAGGGAAGCCACCUGGGAAACCACCAGAUCCACCUGGGAAACCACCAGGUCCACCCGGACACCCACCAGGUCCGCCUGGGAAGCCACCUGGUCCACCCGGACACCCACCUGGUCCACCAGGUCCACCCGGGAAGCCACCAGGUCCACCCGGAAAACCACCUGGUCCACCAGGUCCACCCGGCAAACCACCUGGUCCACCAGGUCCACCCGGCAAACCACCUGGUCCACCAGGUCCGCCCGGGAAACCACCUGGUCCACCAGGUCCGCCUGGGCACCCACCUGGUCCCCCUGGUAAACCACCUGGUCCACCAGGUCCACCUGGCAAACCACCUGGUCCACCUGGUAAACCACCUGGCAAACCACCUGGUCCACCUGACCAAGGACUUACACGUCAGAAUGCUGGUCCUUGACUUCAGCUCAGCAUUCAACACCAUCAUCCCACAGCAGCUCAUCCACAAACUGGACCACCUGGGGCUCACCACCUCCCUGUGUAACUGGGUGCUGGACUUCCUGACGGGGAGACCACAGGCAGUUCGGGUCGAAAGCAACCAUCAUGCACCAUCAUGA